UACAAACUAUUCCAAAUUGUGUUGUGAGCGCAUGCGCCUUUCAAAUUCAAUAACAUCUGUUAUACUUGUACAUGCGCUGUUAGUCGUCAGCUGCAACUCAAUUUGUUUGCAUUCACAACUAUAAGUAUUAUUCCAAUAUUCAGUUGAAUCUUUAAGCAGUAGUCGAACUUCGUAGGCGGAGAAUUCUGUUUUAAAAUACUCAUAAGUAUUCCAAAAAAAUAAUUUAUCAAUUAAAUAUCAAAAUGGGAGUUUCAUUUUCACAAAAAAGAUCAAAAUUAACAAUCGAUUCCAAGAGUCUCGACAUCGAAACAGUUGAAAAACUUCUUCUCCGGCGUGACAUAAACAUCAAUACGAUUUUUCACCGAAAAAAUUCUAAAUACAAGAAAAGGACAACAUUCCUUCACGCCGCUAUCGAGGAGUACAAUGAUGAAUUAAUUGACUGGCUCAUAGUUCAGAAAGUGAAGCCCAACAUCAAAAUUCCAAAAGUUGGGCAGCCAAUUGAUGUUGCAAUAAGGAAACAAGAUCUAGACACGGUCCGUAAAUUGGUGUCACUCGACGUUUGUCUGAAUAAUCGCCACCCAAAAACUGGAGGUACUCCGCUUUUUUACGCAAGCUUGAAUAUUGACACCAAAAUAGCGGAGUACUUGAUUGAAAAUGGUGCAAACGUCAAUAUUAACACAUAUAAACGUGGAAUAUUUAUGGGAUACAGUCCCUUGCAGAUUUACGCUGAAAACGGAGACAUCAAAAUGACGAAAUUAAUGUUAUCUAAGGGCGCUAAUAUUAACCGCAAAUCAUUAAGAGGAUGGACACCUUUGACUUGUGCUGCACAUUAUGGACAUAAGGACGUAAUUAAACUGCUGAUCGACAAUGGGGCUAACAUUAACAGCGUCUUCAAAAAAUGUGGGGAAUCUUUCGUCCUGUUGCAUGCUGCGGUUUUUAGCGGCUCUGUUGAGACCUUAGAGUACCUGUGCAAUCUUGACGAGGUCGUGAUGGAUGUUAACAUACUAACGAAAAAGAAAAAGAAUACGUUGUUGGAACUCAUAGAAAUGCAUUCAUUUUACUCUCAACAAAUUGUAGAUUUUCUGCUUGACGUCGGAUUAAAUGUAAACAUGGAAACUAAAUUUGGAGCGCUGCCCAUCGAAUUAACUUCCCGCUUCUGGCGUUUUCCGAAGUUUUAUUCCAUCAUAAGCAAGCAUGUGCUCAAAUUAAUAUCAGCGAAUUUGCCUGUUUGUCCAAGAAACAAGGACGUAGUUGGACAAAUGUUCACAGAUUUCGCUGCUGAAUGUCGCCAGGAAGUAGCUAAGAUUAAAAACACAAAGAUUGGUAGUUUUAAUAUCACAUUAUACGAUGUACUGCAUGUGAAAGAACAAGAUUUGGCACUCAAGCUAAAAUUUCAUCAAAGUGAAUUUUCUGAGAUGAUAAGGCGGGAAAAAAUGACCAGAAGAUUCCCACUUUAUGGAGGCAUGCUUGCUUUCAAGUUGGGCAAAGUGCAUCGGAGAAUUUCGCGACUCAAAAAAACUGAAGAAGUGAUGAUGGAAAUAUUUGACCGUUUAAGGUUGCCUUAUACUUUUCUAAGAGAACUGUUUUAUUACUUAAAUAAUUGUGACUUAAAAAAAAUUACUGGUGGAACAAUAUGAGGAUUGAUGAUUAACAUUAACAUCAAGCUUUUAGUGUGAAAUUUUGAUUAUUUAUUGCUUUUACAGUGCGUUUUGUGCAAAUAUG